UGCAGGAAACAUAUUCACUGAGGUAAGAGGAUGCUUUUCAUCAUACAAAAAAAAUGUGGAAGAGGGCAAGCUAUUUCAGGGAGCAGAAGGAAGCUGCAAUACUUUAUUUCAGAAAACGCAAUGUCCUAUGACCAUAUCCUGUGUAACGAGAUGCCACUGCCCAGCCACACUCCAUAACUGAUCCCUAUUGCAAAGGUGAAAACUUUCAAAUCAACAGAACUCAAAUAAAGCCUGUGUUUGGAGAACAUAAAGGAAAGAACGCAAGGAGCCUCAUCUCUGUCGGGUUGGCCAGGAGCACUUAGGGUCAUUGCAGUGCAGUAGGAGUCGGUAAGAUAGAAACACAAUUGCAAAGAAGAGGUACUAUAAAUGAGCAGUCUGUGCCCAGGGAAGUAGAGGGAGGCUGAGCACAGCAGAAUGUAGGGGAAUCUCUAGCAUGUUGUGAGACAGACGUGCAUGGAAUACUGGGUAAGUCUCCCUGUUUGUGAUGGAAAUGUUGUGGCAUUGAUGAUUAGCACUUAGCCACUUAAACCUGUAUGCUUCUAUUAUAUAUACAUAUAUGUUCACAUAUAUGAAUUCCUACAUAUGUUAUCCCUUAAACAUUUGACAUCAACUUUGGAUAGAAAUAAUAGCCAUGCUAUGGAGUUAAGGAACACAAAGGAAUGUUUUCUUGAACCUGGUAAUGUCUUCAGUGAUUCUGAGGUGAGAAACAUUCUUUCUCUCUCCCUCCCUCCCUCUCUAGAUUUCACAAGAAACAAGGACUUAGAACUAAAUGGUGGGGAAUUACACUAGUGCCACCAAAUUUUAUCUUGUUGGUUUUCCUGGCUCUGAAAAGCUACACCACAUCCUUUUUGCUACCUUCUGCUUCUUCUACUUAGUGACGUUAGUGGGGAACUCGGUCAUCAUUGUGAUCGUCUGUGUGGAUAAACGUCUGCACUCCCCCAUGUAUUUCUUUCUUAUUCACCUCUCCAUCCUUGAGAUCCUGGUCACAACCGUUAUUGUACCUGUCAUGCUUUGGGGGCUGCUGCUCCCUGGAAUGCAGGCCAUAUCUCUGGCUGGUUGUGCUGCCCAACUCUUUCUGCAACUUGCUCUGGGGACUACAGAGUUUUCAUUGCUUGGAGCAAUGGCGGUGGAUCGUUAUGUGGCUGUCUGCAACCCUCUGAGGUACAGCGUCAUCAUGAACAGCCGUACCUGCAACUCUGUGGUAAUUGUGUCAUGGAUAUUUGGGUUCCUUUAUCAAAUUUGGCCAGUGUAUGCCACGUUUCACCUUACCUACUGCAAAUCAAAUGUCGUGGACAAUUUCUUCUGUGACCGAGGGCAGUUGCUCAAAUUAGCCUGCAAUAAUACUAUUUUCAUAGAGUUUAUCCUCUUUUUAAUGGCUGUCUUUGUUCUUUUUGGUUCUUUGAUCCCUACAAUUGUCUCCUACACCUAUAUCAUCGCUACAAUCCUCAAGAUCCCCUCAGCCUCUGGCCGGAGGAAAGCCUUCUCCACCUGUGCCUCCCACUUCACUUGUGUUGUCAUUGGCUAUGGCAGCUGCUUGUUCCUCUAUGUGAAACCCAAGCAGACACAGGCAGCCGAUUACAAUAGAGUAGUUUCUUUGAUGAUUUCAAUUGUAACUCCUUUCCUCAACCCUUUCAUCUUCACACUCCGUAAUGACAAAGUCAUAGAAGCCCUUCGGGAUGGCGUCAAUCACUGCUACCAGUUAUUCAAGCGUUAGCCUGGGCCUUAGACAUUUACACGGACAAACAUAUGCGAAUAAUGAAUGCUAGAAUAAUCUGAGAAGAGCAUCUCUGAGCUGCACCACAAAUACUAUCAUCAUCAGAUGUCUGUGUCCAAAGACUUGAAGUUGUGACCGCAUUUUUAAUCAUAUUUUCCUGCCAUUUCCUCUCUCUUUCCUACUUACCAAACUUCAUAUUCUCUUUUUCUCUUAAAAACAAAAACAGAAAAAUCCCCACAUUUAAAACCUACUAAAAACACUGAGUCUUGUCUGCAUUGAUCAUUUACUCCUGAGCAUGGUGUCUGCUGUGGAAUGGGGUUGAUAUACCAAGUGUCACUCCAUUGAAGAAAACCAAUUUCCCCUUUCCUGGAAGCUAUCCAUUGCAGGUAGCUUCUUGGCUGAGAGUGGGAUUUUGUGUUCAUUUCCCCUCUUUGUGCUGUGAUUUAUUUUUUCUGGCUUAAAAUUGUAUAGGUCUUGUACAUACUGUGGCAUUCUCUGUGAGUAUAUCUGUGUAUCUGCCUUGUUUUUGAUGGGACAUUUUAAAACCAUGUGGGGGGCAUAGUAAAGACAUUGUUGACAUGAUUGCUACAUUCUUGGGGGGAAUUUUUUAUUGUGACUAAGAGAGAGAAAAUAUCCAGAGGUAUCUGGAAGAGUCCAAAGCAGAGAGACUGAGCAUGGCCAGGGCUGGAGAAGUAAAAAAGCAUAGUGGAGAGAGCAAGAGAUAAAGAAUAGAGCACAACAAGG